CAGACCUUGUUCCUACAAGAGGAUGUCCGGGACCAUGACAGGCGACCACAACCUGAGCUGACUCCAGGACCACAGACAGAGCCAGAUGCAUCACCUAUGGAGCUUCUCUGUGGCCAAACCGGCUAAAGUUUUCAUCAGAUUAUCUUUGAGACUAAAGAGCACAGGAAGAAGACCUUCAGCUCCUCUGGGUUCACGGAUUCUGACCAAUCCUGAUGACGUCUUUAAGCACAACAUGUGGGAUCAUGUACAAUGGACAGAACAAGAAAAAGAAAAUGCACGGCAGAAGGCAGAAGAAAAUUCCUGUGAACAAAUUCCUUUAAUGGAACAAGGUACCUUUGCUACAGAGGCGUCCCACUACUGGGACAAGUUUUACGAGACACACCAGGAUAAGUUCUUCAAAGAUCGCAAGUGGCUGUUUUUAGAAUUCCCAGAAUUGCUUCCUCCAGUUUCAAAAGAAGAAAUCACAAACAGGUAUUUGGAUGAUCAUCAGGAAGGUAAUCCACAUAGGACUGAAUCCAGAACAGACUCAGAGACCAGACACCAGCACGAUGAAGUCUCCUCAAACCAUCACAGGACACAGGAGACCUGUCAGAGAGCAGCUGUGGAGACAAAUGAAACUCUUUUCCCCGGCCGGCAUGCAUCUUUCAGGAUCUUGGAGGUUGGAUGUGGAGUGGGAAACAGUGUAUUUCCCAUCCUUGAUUCCAUAAAACAUGCAGAUGCUUUCUUGUACUGCUGCGACUUCUCCCCAUGUGCCAUUCAGCUGGUCAAGGAACAUCCAGAGUACGACGACUCCAUGUGUCAUGCCUUUGUCCAUGACAUUUGUGAGGAGAUGGCCUCCUUUCCCUUCCCUCCUCAAAGCCUGGAUGUUAUUCUGGCCGUCUUUGUCCUCUCCUCCAUUCAUCCAGACCGAAUUCAAGGAGUGGUGAAUCGCCUGUCAUCAUACCUGAAACAUGGAGGGAUAUUUCUUUUCCGUGACUACGGGAGAUAUGACUUCUCCCAGCUCAGGUUUAAGAAAGGACGCUGCCUAUCAGAGAAUUUCUACACACGUGGAGAUGGAACCUGUGUGUACUUUUUUAGCAAAGAUGAGGUUCAUGAUUUAUUUUCCAAAGCUGGACUGGAGGAAAUUCAGAAUCUGGAGGACAGACGACUGCAGGUGAACAGAGGAAAGAAAGUGGUGAUGCACCGUGUUUGGAUGCAGAGCAAGUACAGGAAAUUAAACCUUAAUCCCCUUUCACCAUCUUAACAAACACUUUUUAUAAAUUCAACUAAUUUAUUAAUGAAAUCAAGCCAUAAAAUCUGUUUUCUUUUUGUUUUUUUGGGGUGUUCUUUUUUACCAAGAGUGUUUGUACAAAAAGGAUAUUGUUUGCAUUAAACUUACAAAACAUGUUAUCAAACCGA